AUGUCUCUUGGGAAAGUAUUGCGUUCAAAAAGGAGCAGCGGACAUGCCGCAGCUCAGCUAGCAGCAGCAAAAGAGAAGAAACCACGGCUUGAAGAAGAGGAUGCAUCCAUUUUGUCUGGGAGCUUACUUCAAGAGAAGGCUGACGCGCAGUUGCUUCAGUGGCUGUUCAAAUGCCACCGCUUCCUUCGAAAUGUUCAGCCACCGUUUUCUCUGGACAAAACAUUCUUGGAGGAGCUGCUUUCUCCUCGGUAUCUGAAUAGCAGUAUAGCCGGUGUACAGCAAAUUACUGGGUGCUUGCUUUCCGACCUCGUACGAUUGCAUAACAGUCCUGCUGACAAAAUGGCAGAAACUCAACUUCCAUUCAGGCGGACUCGCGCGGAUGACGUUCUUACUUGCCUUGUGGCGCCCUUCGUGGAGGUUGUUCGAGACGGAAAACCACUGAAAACGUGCGAAAAUAUCAUUGAACGUGCGAGUGUGUCACGUGUCUUCGUGCAUGUCAUUCCAUCCUGCAAACUUCCUCUGGAUGAACGUCUCACAUAUUUGUUUGCGAGUGUUUUGCACGCGUCUGGGACACCGGCGCCUGGCGCCUCCACCUCAAGCACCAGCAGCGCCAUCACCACAACAACUGCGUCAGAAAUGGCGAAGAUUCUCAAUGAUGUUUUGCUUACCACAACAGCUAUAACACGAGAACAACUGUCCCCACUGCUGAAGGUGAUUGUCACUGCAUCGCCUGCGCUGCUGCGGUGUGCGGCUGCGAACAGGGCCCGCGGAGGUAGCGGUGUGGAAACGAUUUGCCCACGUGCAAAUAAAGAGCCCUCAAGCCGACAGUCUUUGGGCGCCAUCAUCGCCGCUCGUGUGCUGUUGGGGCAAGUGGAUGUCAUUCCGCCCGCGAUUUCUGAUUUUGUUACGGAUAUGGUGAAGGAGGGUGUCAGCAUGCUACUUUCAGCGAAGGGGACGGGCAAUGACAAGGACGCGAGUUCUCAGGGACUUCGGGACAUUAGUCGCGCAAUGGAGUUUUUGGUGGCGCUUACGGAGCUACACGUAGAUCUUGUCUGCCAGCUUGUGCCGUCGUUGGAGCCAUAUCUCCAGCACCUGCACGAUGAGGUACGCUUGUUUCUCCUGCGUGGAUUUUUUACCGCUUUAGGUGCCCAUGAGGCCGCCAUACGAGUGUACCGUAGCACUUUCAAUGUCCUCCUCGAGCGAUUCGAAGACACUGCGCACCCGCUGCGCAUCGAGAUGUUGGAGCUUUCUGUUGAAGCCGUCCGUUCAGAACUAGCGAGGUUGGGCACAACGGAAAAUUUACUCAUUUCUGGUGAGAUCGUGCAGCAUGUCGAGCAGCGUCUCGUUGAUGUGAACGCACAGGUCCGUCGGGCGGCCGUCAUCGCGUACGGUAGAAUUGUUGCUGCUGCGCCAUCACUUGUUAAAGGCGAGCGCCUGCAAGAGACACUUGCUCCGCUCAUUGCGGAUAAGAACUUCAGAGUGCGGCAGGUGGCGGUUGAGCAUCUAUGCAUCAUCUACCGAAGGGAAUCAUAUCCAUGGAUACCGGAAGCCGUGCUGGAGUGCCCCAGUUGGGAAGGAGGCGUGAUGCUGCUGGAGACCCUUUUCGAAACGAUGCUUCCACCACCCAAAGUUGCCAGAGAGACAGCUCCUCAGGGUGGCGCCGCGUUGGCACAGUCACAACUUCAGGGUCUGCAGCGGAAGCGUCGAAACAUACCCAUAUUCGACUUCGAAAAAGAAACGUCACACGAACCUACAUACGCCAACUGCUUGGCGGUACUUUGUGGUGACAUGAGUCCGGAAUGUUUCGACAGGUUGCUUGUUUUUGCGGGUAAAAAGGCGCGGGUCCGGCUCAGUGUUCUACGACUCUUUCAGCUACGGGAAGAGGGGCGAAACAUUGACCUCAGAUCAGCAGAGGGCCAAGAGGUGGCCAACAAAGCACAUCGAAUACUGAAGUUUCUUGUGGGUAUAUCUCACUCUCAGCAUGGAGAAUGGAACGCUCUUUUCCUCGCCAAGGACGACAGGGUUUCGAGAGCUUUCAUAAACUGCUGCUCCGAAGGUGUCACUCGGUGCGCGACGGAACGUGAGCGUCUCAUACGUGGGCUGGAGGGACGUGUCGACAAACAUGUUCUGAAGUUCGUUCAGGACUCCUUGUCGAAGCAGAUGAUGCUCCCCACUGAAGUGGAGGAUGUAGAAGAGCUGCUUGCGCGGUUGGGUGACAUUUGCCGACUUGGCCGUGAAAGCAAACCCCCAAAACCAUGUGCUACGCUGCAGGGCAAAGUCAAUGGCCUCCUACGUGCACUAUUGUUUUGUUGUCGUUCCACACCAGCAUUUCUUCCGGCAUGCGUUGGGCCGCUUGUUGAGCUUCUGGAAAAAGCGUGUGCGGGUGUGACUGCUUGUGCCACUCCCUCAAACGUGCUACUUACGCUGUUUUGCAUAACUGACUGGGCCCGCUACGUGUCCCAAUAUGGAGAAAAGGAAUCAAAACAGGCCAUUUUCCCGGGAGGCGGUGAUACCGCUACCGUUGUCCGCAACUGUGGACUUGUUAAAACCCUGUGUACAUUGUGUGAGCGCCCGGGCGGACCGCUCCUUAACGACGUCGCACCCGUAAUGCAGGGGAAAGUAUGCAAGCAAGCGGCGCGUUGCCUGAUAGCAAUCGCGCGGAUCCGUGGGUUGGAGCAGUUUUGCAAAGUGGGGGAAUUGGCGAACACGUUGGCUCAUCACAUUCGUCACAGUGCUGCGGAGAUUAACAACGGGGCCGUGUGCUUGCUAAAAGCUCUGUCAGUAUUCAUAAAAGACCCUUGUGCGCAGCGAUCGGUAAAGGGUGGGUCGCUGGUGCCCGCUGUCACUAAUUACCUUCUUGUCGCUGCGCGCGACAAAUCCUCAGAUAGUGAAACCCCACACAUGAAAGCGAAGUGCCUCGAGCUACCCUCCAUGUCGCUUGCCAGCGCGGUUGUUGAUGCGGCCGCGAAAUGUUUGUCAGCCCUUUCAACGUACGUUCCAUCGGAAGGCGAUGGCAGCAUUUCAACCAACGAGGUACUCGACACUCUACUGUCCGCUUACAAACUAGUCGGCGAGUUUGAUUCGCAGUCUAUCAGGGCGUGCCUUCGGCGCCGCUCUAUCAACCAGCAGUUGUUGAAACUCAUUGUCCAUCCCUCGUCAACCAUCGAAAGGGCGCUUGCGGUGGCGGUGGUUCUUUCAGCGGAGAGUGAAACUGCGGUACGACGCGCCAUCCAGCACAAAGUUUUCCGGCAUGUUACUAACGGUCGAUGUGACAUGCGGUACGUGGCCUGCCUCAUUCUCACUGCUAUUUCCGAAGAGACGAAAAGCGACUACCAGCAACUGAGGGACGUCCUUUGCAAAGUUGGUAACCACCUACGCUCCAGGCAGACACAGUCGGGAGCUACGCUCUCUAGCAGAGAAGCACUCAGUUGCUUUCCUGAGUACAGUAUACCCUUUUUGGUACUCUUCAUGGCGCAUCACACUUUUUACGAGAGUGAGAGUGAUAGUCAUUUCAUCGCAUAUCAGCGGGUAUGGCACCUGUUGUUUGACGAACUUUUCCGUCAGAACGCCCAGUGCGCGAGUUUCGUAAUGGAACUGUUUAGUCGUAUCAAACAGACGGAUGAUAAGCUUGACAAUCACGGAAGCAAAAAGGCUCGUUUAAUAUGCGAUCUUGGCAUCCGUGUCAUGCAAGAAUGUAUGGGGAAAAAGCAAAUUAACGUAGAGGCGCUCAGGCGUUAUCCUGGAAGCAUCCAACUCCCCGGCUUCUUCGUGAAGUCUGAGGCCGGCUCGGAGGCGCUGAACACUGUCUACCUCGGCUCACAUGUCCUGAUCCCUUCACACGUCCCGUUUCGUGUACCAACUGCAUCACCGGCAGCAACCUCUCCGGAGGAGCAUCGCGAUGCAACAGUGUCGCCGGCAUUAACCGUAGGUGAGGGUGACAAUGAGGCGAACGAGAAGUAG